UGCGCUCGUGCGCUCCGCCAGCGCGUCCUCAUCACCCUACGCAGCCCCAGCGUUGGGCUGUGCGUCGCCCAGGCGGGACGGCGGCCCGAGGCCUAGGCCCGAGUCAGACCGGGGACCGGCGAGGAUGGACGGGGAGAGACGGCCCGCGCCGGGCCCGCCCGCCGGCAGCCUGCUGGCCGACGGACACCUGGUGCUGUGGACGCUGUGCUCGGUGCUGCUGCCGGUGUUCAUCACGUUCUGGUGCAGCCUCCAGCGCUCGCGCCGGCAGCUGCACCGCCGGGACAUCUUCCGCCGGAGCCAGCACGGGUGGCGCGACACGGACCUGUUCAGCCAGCCCACCUACUGCUGCGUCUGCGCGCAGCACAUCCUGCAGGGCGCCUUCUGCGACUGCUGCGGGCUCCGCGUGGACGAGGCCUGCCUCAAGAAGGCGGACAAGCGCUUCGCCUGCAAGGAGAUCAUGCUCAAGAGCGACGGCGGCGGCCCCGACGCCGCCAUGCCCCACCACUGGAUCCGCGGCAACGUGCCCCUGUGCAGUUACUGUGUGCUCUGCAAGCAGCAAUGCGGCUGUCAGCCCAAGCUCUGCGAUUACAGGUGCAUCUGGUGUCAGAAAACUGUACAUGAUGAGUGCAUGAAAAACAGCUUAAAGAAUGAAAAGUGUGAUUUUGGAGAAUUCAAAAACCUUAUCAUUCCACCAAGUUAUUUAACUUCCAUUAACCAGAUGCGUAAAGACAAAAAAACAGAUUAUGAAAUGCUAGCUUCUAAGUUUGGAAAGCAAUGGACCCCAUUAAUAAUCCUGGCCAACUCUCGUAGUGGAACUAAUAUGGGAGAAGGAUUAUUAGGAGAAUUUAGGAUCCUGUUAAAUCCAGUCCAGGUUUUUGAUGUAACAAAAACUCCCCCUACCAAAGCCCUGCAACUCUGUACUCUUCUUCCCUAUUAUUCAGCUCGAGUGCUUGUGUGUGGAGGGGAUGGGACUGUGGGCUGGGUCCUGGAUGCAGUUGAUGAAAUGAAGAUUAAGGGACAAGAGAAAUACAUUCCACAGGUUGCAGUCCUGCCUCUGGGAACAGGCAACGAUCUGUCUAAUACCCUGGGUUGGGGUACGGGUUAUGCUGGAGAAAUCCCUGUUGCACAGGUCUUAAGAAAUGUAAUGGAAGCUGAUGGAAUCAAACUAGAUCGAUGGAAAGUUCAGGUAACAAAUAAAGGAUACUACAACCUAAGAAAACCCAAGGAAUUCACAAUGAACAACUAUUUUUCUAUUGGACCCGAUGCUCUCAUGGCUCUCAAUUUUCAUGCUCAUCGUGAGAAGGCACCGUCUCUGUUUUCCAGCAGAAUUCUUAAUAAGGCUGUUUAUUUAUUCUAUGGAACCAAAGAUUGUUUGGUGCAAGAAUGUAAAGAUUUGAAUAAAAAAGUUGAGCUAGAACUGGAUGGUGAGCAAGUCGAGCUGCCUAAUUUGGAAGGUAUUAUUGUUCUGAAUAUUGGCUACUGGGGCGGUGGCUGCAGACUCUGGGAAGGGAUGGGAGAUGAGACUUACCCUUUAGCCAGGCAUGAUGACGGGUUGCUGGAAGUCGUUGGUGUGUAUGGGUCUUUCCACUGUGCUCAGAUUCAGGUGAAGCUGGCAAACCCUUUUCGAAUAGGACAGGCGCAUACAGUGAGGCUGAUUUUGAAGUGCUCAAUGAUGCCAAUGCAAGUAGAUGGGGAGCCGUGGGCCCAAGGACCCUGCACUGUCACCAUAACUCAUAAAACACACGCUUUGAUGCUCUAUUUCUCUGGAGAACAAACAGACGAAGACAUCUCUAGUGCUUCAGAUCAAGAGGACAUAAAGGAAGCUGAGUAACUGCAUAAAGAAAUGAACUGUUCUGCUAGCACAGCAUCUGCACAAAUAUGCAGAUGCAUGAGCAUCCAGAAGUAGAGCUUCUCCAGCUGCUAUUCAGUCCUAAUUUUCCUCAGAGUACAAUGGGCACACAUUUAUGUAAAUAGCAUUCCCAAACAGCCAGAUGUCCUGUAACUACAACAGCUGUUCUUUUUUUCAACAAGAUACUUUGAUCAUAUAUUACUAACUUUGAAAACAUCACAGAAAGUUACAUGGAGACAAAAUGCUUUUGAGAGUGGGGCUCACUGAAGUUUGUUUGCACUGUUUCAUUCCUUACUGUUGAGCCACACAUUUGAUGGAAGGAUAUGAGUGGAAAGAUCAUUUCCCUCUUAACUUUGAAUGGUAACACUUUACCAUUAACUUGGAAAUGAUGUCUGUUAAACCAGCAAGGUUAAGAUGGGGCAUCCUCCUGUAGCAUGCCUCUUCAGAUUUCUCACAGCCCAAUCUGAAUGGAUCCAGGAACUCCCUGAAGGAGCAAUGUCAAAGUAUGACAAUUCUGAAAACUUCUGAAGUCAUUUUUAGACUCUUGAGAUGUUUUGUUAACCCUCUAAAUAACCAUGUUGAAUUGAUAUUCAGGAUCCUUUUUUUCUUUUCAGUAGUACUAGAGAUUGAACUCUAGUCCUCAUGGAGAAGGAAUUCUAGGCACGUGCUCUACCACUGAGCUAUCCCUUCCCUCCCCCAACAUCUUUUUUUGUAUCCAAAGAGAACUAUCCUGAGUGCAUGUACUAGUACCACAAAAAAAAAAAACAGAAAAAAAGAAAAACUGGGUAGGAUAAUUGGUCUAAAAUAAGAUUGAGAGCACUUUUUUAUAGUGUCACUGGAGAUCAAGCCCAGCUGUUCCUAUGCUAAGCAUUGUUCAUACCACUGAGCACCCCAGCCAAAGAUUUAGAGCACUUCAGGUAUAACGGUUCUCCAAUUUUUCUUGACUAAAAGGCUGUGCCAACAAUGAAAAAACUAUAUGCUUAAAGGAACCUUGCUAGUCAGAUUAGUUGCUCAGAAAAAAAAAGUUCAAGGCUGAUGCAUGUUUUUAGCAUUCAGUGAUCUUGUAGUACUUUGAAAUCCAAUAGUUUUUUUUCUAUGUGAAGCACUUAACAGAAUUUCUGCCUUGGGGAGGUAAGUGGACAGAAACCUCUGCUGAAACUUUAUAUAUUUAUUUUAAAAUAGAUAGAGAUAUAUUUUGAACUUAUUUAUUAUUUACCUGUGGCAUGAUACUUGUGUUUUUGUUUACACAUAUCAUACAGCUUUAUUUAAUAAGUUCAACUGGUCACAUAAGUUCUAGCCACCAUCAGAUAAAAAUUUAUUCUUUUGACCAAGUAACUGAAAUUAUUAUUUAAUUCUGACAAGUCUUUUGUGGCACUGACAAACUUCUUUUGGAAGGUUAACUGCAAACUUUGUUUCCCUGCUGAAAGUCAGGCAAUUCUACGACUGUCCAUUAGAGAGUGCUCCUCUGCUGUUUUCAGCCAGCCUGCUUAUACAGUUAGGCACACUCACUGGGUGUCCAGUUUUGUUUUUCUGAUUAGGCACACUCACUGGGUGUCCAGUUUUGUUUUUCUGACAAAUGCCAAUUUGUAAGCUUGGUGACCUUUCAUGAUUUUAAUCUCUAAAGAUGAUAAUACAUUCCCCAAAACAUGUAAGGGGCCAGUAUGAAUGUAUUAUCCAUGAAUUGCCAUGAAUUUUUAUUUGAGUCACCUCAGGCCCAAGCAGUGUUUCAAAAAGGACCACUUAAGUAGUAAGGGGUAUGUUACAUUAAACGGCUUAUCUUGCUAAGUUAACUUCUUCCAGAUCUCCAUAAGUCAUGCCAAAUUCUAGUCUGGAAUGAUUUUGAUAAGGAAGUUGUUUUUGGCUUUUUAUAAAGCUUUCGCAGGGAAUAUCCACAGUGGUGGUGAUGGAACAGUUUCAUGGAUUUUCUUUUAUGAGCUGAUCAUAUUUUCAGCAAAAUCAAGCUUUCGUUUGUGAUCAAAAUUGUUAUAUAUAUAUAUCACUGUUAAAUUCACUUUGCCAAAGGUCAUACCUCUGAUUGGUAGUGCUAAUUUGUAGUGGAAGCAAAGUAAAUAAUUUAGGAUGUCAGUAUUCAUAUAAAACAACUACAUAGUUUUUUUUUUAAACUACUGAAACUACUGUACUGUAUUGCUACACUGGAUUUAGAACAAGUUCAUGUACAUAUCUAUUUAUUGAAACAAUUAUUUUCAAUUAUAAUCCAAUGAAGUGGACUCUUUCCCCCUACUGACCAUCAGGUUUUUCUGUUGUCUUAUUCAUUUGUUCAGAUUAGUUUUUAUUUAGGAAAAUUAUUUCAGAACACUAUGUCAUAAAUCAUACCAUUGUUUUAGCAAAAUUUACUCAUAUUUUUAGGCACUAGUUUACCCAGCAUUGCAGAUAACUAGGCAUGUGCCUUGUUUAAAUAAAUACAGUUUGUAGAACUUCAUGUUUGCAAGUUACAUGUUAAGGUAAUAAUUGUUUAUAUGACCAGUAACUUUUUAUGAAAUAAUUCACAAGCUUUUGUCCCAUUUUAAAUUGUCCUGAUAUUAAAAAAAUAACUUACAUUCUCAGGAAGAAAUGUUUGAAGUAAAUUGUACGUCUUUGUCUUCACAUUUCUCGCAUCUUUCACUAGUCCAACACAUUCCUUCUCAUCAACAUAGUGGCUUCCACACUGAAUACCUGGCAGCUCUUACGGAUCUCUUAGGUAGAUGAUGAAAUUUUUAGUGCUUUGUUAUGGUUCAUGGAAGUCAGAGACUUCUGUUUAAAAUAUAAGUUGUAAGAUUACGUAAUUUUAGGUUUUCUGAAACAACUAGCUAUGAACUCUUAAUGUUGCUAAUGUUUGUAAAAAUUUUAUAGUUCAAAGUAUUUAUUUUUAUUUUUUUAGGGUAUGUCAAAAAAAGUAUUUGUUUUUUGAAAUACAUUUGACAGCUUAGAUUUAUAAUAUAGACUGUGAUUCAGAAAUCACAGACCUUUUUGUGCAGUAAAAGUGAGUACUACCAGCAUGUCAAAAGACAAAUAGUUUGCAUUUGUAAUAGAAAGUAAAAUUGUUUCUCAUGUAUAUGAUGCAAUUUUUAAUUUGCACUAUGUAGGUGACUUUAAAAGUUAUUAAUUUACAUGCUAAUAUAGGCCCAAGUACAAAAUGUGGCCAAAAGAGUCAAUAGAAAAGGUUUUGUGUAUGUGGUUUUUUUUCUUCAAAAUAAUGAUAACUGAAGCAAAAACCAGCACUUUAUGUUCAGAAAUGUUUUUUGAGGGAUGAGGUUAAUCUGUUUUUUUUUUUAAUUCUACCCAAUUUAGGACAAUGGAAUGUUAAGUAAAUUUAUUUUUUUAAUCUAGAAAUUCAAAAGGAAAAAUAGUUUUUUUUUACUGUCCCAAUCUGAUGAAGGUCCCUGUUCCUCAGUGAGACAGAGUGGCUGCUCUGGUCUUGCUUUUCAAAAAGUUCCCCUCCUCCCUCAGAUCAUCCCUGGUUCACAGGGUGUUCCCUGCAGGUGUCUGUGGCUUCAGUCAGGCAAGCAGGAUUCCUGAGCCCACUCUUGGCUUAAAGAAUCGUUAUCUCUGGAGGUAGCAAACACCCAGAAGCUUCCAGUGUUCCUGGAACUUGAAGGCUGCUGCUCCAUACCUCAUAUGUUCACCCAGGGCUUUGCCAGGGCCAUAGUGGGAAAAUUAAUUAAUUGAAUGUUCUUAAAGUUGUUUUUCCUUCACCCUGCUAACUGUUCUUUCCUCACAAUCAUUGUCCUAAAAAGAGUCUGUGAGAAACCUGUCUGUUGUACAUGCCCAUAAUCCCAGCACUCCCAAGACUUGAGAUCCAAGCCAGCCUAGGCUUCAAAAAUAAAAAAAGUGUUUGUAUCCAAAUGUAUAUAUUUUUCUAUGUAUGUAGACAGCGGAUCGGUUGUGGCUGCAGGAGCUAGUGAAGGACCCUGUUGGAGGUGAGCAUUGGAGGCACCUGCCUUCUCAGUUGAGUCAUUUACAGACACAGCACAUGCUUGAGGAGCACAGCAGGUGAGAUGCUUCCGCUAUUUAACAGGGUUUCUAUUUUUAAAACAGAUUUUGAAGUCACUGCUGUAAUGGACGUCACCUGGUUGAUUUUUCUACUGACUUUUGCAUAUUCAGAAACCUGUGUUUUUUAUUAGACUGUCUUGGAGGUUUCAGUUGCUGCUUUGAAAGCUGACGCUUGGGUGUUUCACAAAGUUUUCAAAGGCAUUCUGAUGUAAAGCAAAGCAACAAACUUAGCCACUCUUCCUUGCGUGUUGAAAUUACCUACUUUCACAUAUGUACAUAUAUGACUCUUGCUGUGGUUCAGUGUGUGAGCCCCAUAUCUCUCAAAAAGGUAGAUUCUGAGGUUCUGGGAGGAAAUCUUUAAAAGUUGCCCUCUUAAUACAGAAGUUCACAAGAUGUAAUUGAACCACUGACCUUAGCAGAAACUUAAUACCAUGUUGCUGACAGAGUAUGGAAAGGGAGAAGUAGGAGUUAGAUUGUUUGCGUUGGUCCUCUGUCUUUGCCCAGGUGAGAAGGAAUCAUUUGCUGAGCAUGUCUGGCUGAGAUCAAGCCCACAGUAAGGCAGGGCACAGUGCAAUUGGAUGAUGUGGCACAGAAUCUUGGUUCUCAUUGUUAAGCUCUGGCCUUUGCCAGCUGUCUUUCCAAUUAGACCUGCUUGAUAGAGAUAGAUGGGCACUCUGGAUUGAAAUUCUGUUCUGUAAAGUUCAGAGCAGCCUAGCUGAGGCCCUUGUUCCCAGCACUCUUACAAGGAACCAAACUGCUUGGAUCUGUAAACCGACAGUGUUGAGAACAGUAAAGCAGUCUGAUAGCCUCUUGUCCUUUACCCUCAGACCACAAUGCUAGCACCUACCACUUAAUUUUGGUGUUAAUGGAUUUUGUUGAGUCUGUAUUGAUGCCAUGCCUACAGACAGAAAUGUAAAUGAAAGCAGUCGGUAUGUCAGAGAUGUUUGCUUGUUUUUUAAUAAAAGUGCAGCCCUCA